CGCACCCCUGCCCCGGCCCGGAUGCGAAGCGAGCCCCGGCGCCAUGGCUUCGAACGGCUGCCCGCCGUCACCGCUGCUCGUGCGGGUGUCCCAGCCCGGCACCCGCCUACAAAGGAAGCUGGAAAAGUACUUCCAGAGCCGGGAGUCAGGCGGUGGGGAAUGCACCGUCCAGGCCCUGGACCGCAACAACCCAGACACCUUCCGGGUGCAGUUCCUGCAAAGGGCAGGUAAAGAGGGAGUAUUGAAAAAAGAAAAGCACCAAAUUGUGGUUGACAGCAAAACAGUGACUAUUUUCCUGGAAUCCAAUGAAACUGCAAUAGAGAAGAAUACAAGACCUAGGAUAUCGUCUUUGACACAGUCAAAAAAAGGGGCGAGGGAUGGUGAAAAGCAACCGAAUGAGAAGCACAUUCCUAAUGCUUCAGAUUCCUCCAUCCAGAAGAUCUUUCUUACUGUCACAGCUGAACUGAACUGCCGCCUGUUUUCUAAAGAGCAGAGGGACUGCAUCACCACUCUCUGCCCCAAUGUCCAACGAUGGGAGGGUGCUGAUGGAAUUAAGACGGUGUUUGGUGACUUCAAAGAUAUUGAAAAAAUACAUAGCUUCUUGAAUGAGCAGCUCCUGGGAAGGGGGCAGACACAUGAAUUGUCCCCCAUGACAACAGAGAGGGAGCCGUUCCAUCAAGAGGACAGGAACAGCUAUGUUUUUCCCUCUGAAUCAAAAACCAAGUCAGAAGCAAAAAGCAAUGGUUUUGAAGUUCCCUUGGCUUUCUUUGAAUACUUCACAUAUACCUCUCCGGAUAUAAUACCCUCAAUACAGAAAACAUUUGGUAUAAGAAUAAACGCUCAGGAGAGUUCUCAGGGUAUGGUCUAUUUAGACUUCACUGCAAGACAAUCAAGUGAUCUCGAAGCAGCUCUCGGGAUUUUUGCCAGUGAAUUUCAGAAGACCGUAGAGACUCUGAGCAAGGACAGUGUUGCUUUAGCAGACAGUAUGCAGGCAAAUAAAAUCAAACAGGAAUUAAGUGACCAGUUUAAAAAGCUCCUCAUAAAGGCAAAAGGCAGAGAAUUAACUCUCCUUGGGACCACAGGUGACAUUUCGGCUGCCAAAGAUUUUCUUGCCUCAAAAAUUUCUGAAAGUCUUGUCACCGCACCUGUGAAAAUACUGACUCCCGGACUCGUGAUGAAUGUAAUUGAGAUGGACACUGCUCACUACAAGCUUUUAGAAGCAGAAUUAUUCCAGGAGAUAUCAAAGAUUGAAAGAAAGUACGACACUCAAAGUAAAAUUUGGGGAAUAGGUCAGAAAACCUGCAUUCUGUUUGAACCUAUAUCCAAGGAGUUAGACCUGUCUGUGCAUGCUUAUUCAAGUUUCAUCGAUAGCUACCAACAUGUCUCAUGUCAGAUUGUGAACGAAGUUAUUUCACUGACGUUUGGUCAGGAAAGAAAGCACUUACAAGGGGCCAAGUUCUCUGAUGACUUUAGACAAAGCCAUCCAGAUAUACACUUUGUGCUAAGUCAAGACUCAGUGACUUUGACUGGGUUGCCACAUCACCUUGCAAAGGCAAAAGCGUAUGUCUUAAACAGAGCAGGAAUGUCUCUGUCGGCUGGAGAGAAAUGGAAUGAAACACUCAUGGACAUUGAUAGUAAUGAUUCAAAAACAGCUUCACCAACACUCCUGUGCCCCAUCAGUGCUCAAGUGUCAGGAGGGGACAAGGAAAAGGACAUAUGUAGCAUCUGCAUGGACAUCAUGAGUAAUAAAAAAGUGCUCUCAAAGUGCAAGCAUGAAUUCUGCAGCCCUUGUAUCAACAAAGCCUUGUCAUAUAAGCCAGUCUGUCCUGUGUGCCAAACUUCCUAUGGUGUCCAGAAAGGGAAUCAGCCAGAUGGAGAUAUGUAUGUCACUGUCUUAAGAGAUUCGCUUCCAGGUUAUGAACCCUGUGGCACCAUUGUGAUUACGUAUGUUAUUGAAGGAGGCGUACAAACAAAAGAGCACCCAAACCCAGGAAAGAGAUUUUCAGGAACACGUCGAACUGCAUACUUGCCUGAUAACAAGGAAGGAAAUGAAGUUUUGGGAUUGCUUCGUAGGGCCUUUAAGCAAAAACUAAUCUUCACAGUGGGAGAGUCUCGACAAACAGGAGCUUCAGAUGUCAUUACAUGGAAUGACAUCCACCACAAAACGUCCUGGUGUGGGGACCACACAGGGCCUUCUUCCUUACGCAGGCAUGGCUACCCUGAUCCUGACUAUCUGAAACGUGUCAAGCAGGAGCUGAAAAGUAAAGGAAUUGAGUAAGAAGCCUACUGGAAGGAUGCCUUGAGCCAAGCUUGCAAAAGGCACAGUUGAAGAAGCAGAGUAAAUACUCAUCUAAAGCCUCAUGUAAAAACACCUCUAAAAAAUGUUCAUCUCAAGAAGUGGUUUGUGUAAGAGUAAGAAUGUGCUGGUGUGUCCUUUCUGAAGUGUUACCUUUUAUGGAAGAUAAAAUCCCCAAAGAUCUGUGUAGUUUUGCUGCUGAAGUAUUGUGCCCCGUUCUUGUGUCACUGCUCUGGGGGCAGGGGUGGAGUGCCAUGGGUCUGUGAGGUACUAGCUGCCAGGUGGUCAUCUUUUUAUGGCCAUCUCGGGGGCAGUCCUUUAGUUUUGUUUGUUUGCCCUUUAAUCUUUACACUAAAAGUAAAAUCCUAGUGUAAAUGGGGAAGAAAAAGACUUUGGUUAUGGAAAACUAGAGACUCACGUUCCUCUUCCCUUCCCCAUGGCCAGAAAAUGGCCAGGACAGAGAUUGAGUAACCUUUGGUAAUAAAUGAAAAGAGGCUAUUACUUUUCACAACACAGACCCUGGUGUACAAUUGAUGCUUAAUAAAUUUUUGCUGCCAGACUCAAGUUGCUAAUGACCCAGCAGAGGGAGAUAUGCUCCCUAAAUCUUUGGUAAAGGCAGGAGUAAGGAAGCCAUUUCUGGAGUCUUCACCACUGAUUUUUUUUUUUUUUUUUUUCUGUCUUCUAGGGCCACACCCAUGGCAUAUGGAAGUUCCCAGGCUAGGGGUCCAAUCGGAAUUGUAGCUGCUGGCCUAUGUGCGAGCCACAGCAUUGCGAGACCUGAGCUAUGUCUGUGACCUACACCACAGCUCACGGCAACGCUGGAUCCUUAACCCACUGAGCAAGGCCAGGGAUCAAACCUGUGUCCUCAUGGAUGCCAGUUGGGUUCGCUAACCUCUGAGCCACGAUGGGAACUCCCUCACCACUGAUUUUGAAGACUGAGUUUCUUAUUCUAGAACACUUGGCCUCUGAGCUCUGGGACUGGCCUCUUAACAUUGUCUUUGCUCCCCACCGGGUCCAUAUAAUCUGCCACAUGGCAUGCACUUGCCCUGUCACAGUAAUGCUAUUUGUGGCGCUCUCUCUCUCUCUCCUUUUUUUUUUUUUUUUUUUUUUUUUUUCUUGGCUGCACCCAUGGCAUGCAGCAGUUUCAGGGCCAAGGACUGAGCCUGUGCCACAACAGUAACAAUGCUGGAUCAUUAACCUGCUGAGCCACCAGGGAACGCUGCUACAUGUCUCUGAACACUUUUUUCCUUUUGAAUAUUAUUGUACUUUUGAGUAUAUCCUGCUUCCAAUUUUAACAGAUAAAUCACCAAAAUUUCCAUAGACUAUCAUUUUCUCAGUAACUGUAGCUCUUACAGUAGCACUUUUCCCAUCCUUUUGCUAAGUCCCACCAAGGCAUGAUUUCUCCCUUAAAAUCUUUCUCCCUGAUAAUCUCUGGACAAAGACAAAGCUAGGGUUUAGCCUACUAUAAGGAAUAUAUGACAUGUCAAAUUGUUCUUUUAAAUGGUUCUCCAAGUCAGAAAAAAGUUUUAGUAGCAAACUAUCUGGUUAUCCAUGUCCCAGCCUCUCUCCAAAAAUGAUUAAUGAGAUUUCUUUUCCUAAAGAUAUGCAUACACACAUCUUUUUUUUUUUUUUUGUCUUUUUGCCAUUUCUAGGGCCGCUCCCGCGGCAUAUGGAGGUUCCCAGGCAAGGGGUCGAAUCGGAGCUGUAGCCACCAGCCUAUGCCAGAGCCACAGCAACGCGGGAUCCGAGCAGUGUCUGCAACCUACACCACAGCUCACGGCAACGCCGGACCGUUAACCCACUGAGCAAGGCCAGGGACUGAACCCGCAACCUCAUGGUUCCUAGUCGGAUUCGUUAACCACCCAUUUUUUUCUUUCUUUUUUUUUCUAAUGGUUGUACCCACAGCCUAUAGAAGUUCCUGAGCCAGGGACUGAAUCUGAGCGACAGCUGCAGCAUUGCUGUAUCCUUUAACCCACUGUGCUGGGCCAAGGAUGGAACCUGUGCCUCUGAAGCCACCCCAGCCACUGCAGUCAGAUUCUUAACCUAUUGCACCACAGUGGGAACUUCCACACGUUAAUUUUUUUUUUUAUCAGAUAGUAAUAGUUAAUAUUAUGUACUUAAUUUUGUCUCUUUUAUAAGUAACUGUUAGCAUAUCUAUUUUAUAAUUGAAAAAAAGGAUGCACAGAGAGGAUAAGUUCCUUGACAAAAGUCACAUAAUUAAUAAGUAGAAGUGCUGAGAUUUGAAGGAGUUAGUCUAGCUGCACAAUUGUUAUGCCCUGGAAAUACACUAUGUCCUACAAGGGUCUUCCCCUCCAUGGAGCAGGUUGAAGAAUUCCCAUUAUUCCGAGCUUCUCUUGGGACUGGAUUCCUGCACAGUACUCAAAGCAGAUUUCCUCUGAGGAAGUCUUGUUUGAAGAGCCUAAAAACCUAGAAUCUUUUUCUUUGUCCAGAGAGUUGAGGAAGCUUAAGGUAAUGAUGUAUCUUAAAAAAAACCAGAUUAGACAUUUAGUUUUUGAUGAUUCACUAAAGUCUUGCAGUUACGAUUAUUUUGUAUCUACUGAUAUUUUAGCUAAAUGUGCUUCAAAAAAGUCAAAGUUUGAUUUCCUGCCUGCUAAGUUCUGGAUCUUUGAUUACAACAUGUGUGCUUAGGCAAGUUUCAUUUAGUGCGAGUGGUUGGCAAGCCUUUGGAUUACUGCCUUUGCUCUGUGGAAAGUACUAUCAUCUGUAUCUGUUAUAAAUAAAGUUAUAUACAUAUUAGGAG